AUGGAUGACAUGUCAUGGGACUACAUCCUGAAAUUCGUUAUUGUCGGCGACGCUGCCGUCGGCAAGUCGUGCUUGCUGAUCCGGCUCACGGACGACCGGUUCGCUGCCAGCGAGCCGACGCUCGGCGUCGAGUUUGGGUCACGGUUGGUCUCGACGACAGUCGGCGGCCAGGCCAAGAGGGUCAAGGUGCAGUGCUGGGACACGGCGGGCACAGAAUCCUUCCGCAGCAUAACGAGGAGUUACUUCCGCGGGGCAGCAGGUGCGCUGUUGGUGUACGACGUGACCCGGCGAGAGACAUUCGAGCACGCGACGUCGUGGCUGGACGACUUGCGCACGCACGCCGACGAUAACGUGUCCGUCAUCCUCGUCGCGAACAAGACUGACCUGUGUGCGACAGAACCGACUGUCGUGCCACAAAUACAGUUCGGCGAGGCGGUGUACGUGAUGCCCGAGGGAGCACCGAAGCAGGCAGAGGGAGCACCGAAGCAGUCAGAGGGAGCACCGAAGCAGUCAGAGACAGAUGCUCAAGCCGAGUCUGUGGCCACACCACCGCCUGCCGUCACCGCCGCCCCAGAACGCAUACUCCUCCCCCGCGCCAUCUCGACGCUCGAGGGUGCGCUCUUCGCUAAGCAGCACAACUUACUGUACGUCGAGACGUCAGCGAAGGAGGGGUGGGGCGUUGUCGAUGCGUUUGAGCAAACGGCACGGCAGAUCCUCGAGCGCGUCGAGCGCGGUGAGUUUGAGCGUCGCAAGCCAGCAGGUGUGAACCUCGCGGAUUCCAAGACCAAGGGCGGGUGCUGCUAG